AUGCCUCCGUCCAACUUAUCAGUAGAGAAACAACCCGAGCUGAAAGAUGCAUUUGAGAGUGAUACUUUUCCGGGUCAUCCUGCUGAACGUGAAAAUGGCUCUGACAAGAAACAACACGUGUCACCCCCGGUUUCUUGUCACUUGUUUGGGGAUCAGACGAAUGAUCACUCCCUAAACGGAUCUGAUUCACCGGAUCAUAUGGAAGCUGAUUUAUCAAAUCGAAUCAAACCUAAUGUUUGUAAUCAUACCAUUCCGGAAGGCGAUGAAGAUUUGUGGAAUCCAGAAUUACUGACUGCGACUGCCACCCAUUUGGUCCGCGGGGUCGGUGAUGGACUAAGUAGUUUGGCCGAUGCCUUGGCCCAAGCAGUUAGUUUAGGGACUAAGGCUGAUGAGGAAUAUCCGCAGCUGUUGGAGAGACGCAAGCAACGAGCUUUGGAAGAGAAGGCAGAGAGACAAGCGAUCUCAGAAGCAUGGUCUAACGUUUGGAAUACCGCUUGGGGAACAAACGAUGGUUGGGAUGUGGAUGAUGUUGACCUCCCGGAAUCCAGUGAUAACAAACAGAAACAGUCUAUGAAUUUAUCAGACAUAACUGAAGAUGUUUGUGUGCCUGAAACGUCCGACCGUGAGAACCGAGCGCAAGAAUCUUCCAAGUCAGAAUCUUCCGCUUUUUGGGACUGGUCCGGUGUGUCGUCUUUGGCCCAACAGAUAACCUCCUCGUUCCAGACGACGAUCAUCCGAGAGGCACACGAACGUCAGAAAACAGAAAACAGCCACGAAUCCACCACAAAAGAGUUCAAUCGAGGCAACUUCACCGCACAGCUGGAAUCGAAGCGUGCCCUAAUUCAUCUGGAAGCAUUGGAACUCGUGAGCGACAAAGCGGAGUCUCAGUUACACAUACAGUUGGAUAAUUUAGCCACGACGAACACCAGCUCAGAGGAACUCAGCUUAGAUGGGGGCGUUUUGGAAGCGAUUUGGAAAACACUGCAAAUCGAUAUGGGGGACGAGGACGAAAAUGAUGAAUUCCCCGAUCAGUCAACUUGGAAAAUAUUAAAGUGUAAAAAACAGCAGCUUCAGCCCGGCUCCUACGGACCCCAUCCUACUGAUUUGUCGGAAGCGAAUACCCUCGUUUGGGUCGCGUUUGAACGAUCGCUUUCGUUGAUAAAAACGAUCUAUCCCGGGGAGAAGUUGCUUCAAGUUCUGUCUCAAUUUUUCCUGACUCAUGACGAGGUGGUCCAACGUCGUAUUCUGCAAUCCACGUAUCGGAUACAUGAAAGUCCCGCUCAAUCCUCGGUAAGACACGUCUGA